CCGCGACACUUCCUAAGUUUCGAAACCAUAUCCUUGAGUCCCUCUUACCCAGCGGAUCGCAGAAUGAAUUAUAACUACUGGCAUGAGGAUUCGGAUCUAUACAGGGCAUUGCGUCCAGAAUGGCCAAGAUUGGUCGAUAAUGGCCUGUCGUCCUCUCAGCCUCAACAGAACUGCCUGCCUUCGGUUCCAGAGAAUCCCCCGCCCAUGGUUACUCAGCAUCACCAGCCACCCCCCAUUGAGGGUCUCCCUCACCCUGUCCAUGACAGCCCAUCAGAAUCACAUACAUCUAGCCGCUUGUUUGUCUGCAAGUGGAAUGAUGGUCACGGUCCAUGCGACACGACCACCGCAAGUGUAGAAGAGCUCGUGAACCAUUUGUCGUCAUCCCAUCUUCCACCACCUGGUCCCAUCACUUUGAAAUGCAAAUGGCAGGGGUGUAGACUCCAAAAGCUCAUUUGCCGAAAUACAAUCCUUCGGCACAUCCGUCAGAUUGAUCUCGGAAUCAGUCCUCGACGCCAAUAGUAGGUUACUUCGAGUCGUAUUAUGGGUAAACUCUGUCUACAUCCAUAGCCGUAUUAAUUACGAUUGCAUCGACUACCGUUCAAUAUUUGUUUCCCCUUGAGACCUUUGUUAUGUUUCCCUUUUAUAUUCAUGUUAC